UGACAUUUGACAAUUGUUUUCGAUUUUUAUCUCUUGUGUUAUUGCAAAGUGCUCGUGUUAUUAUUAUAAACCUUAAAUGGAUUUAUUAAGCGAUGAAAUCCGGCCAUGGGACGCCAACGACGUUAAAGAACAGUUUGGAGACAGUCUCAUGCUAUUGCCUUCGAACGAUAACAUCAAAGAGCUGCAGAGUAUUUUACGGGAUAAAAAUACAUCGCGAAGUGAUUUCAAGUUUUAUGCGGACCGUUUGAUACGGCUAGUGAUCGAGGAGAGCCUGAACAAACUGCCGUUCACGGACUGCGAGGUGGUGACACCCACAGGAGCGUUGUACAAAGGGUUGAAGUAUGGAGCGGGGAACUGUGGUGUGUCUAUUGUGCGGUCCGGAGAGGCAAUGGAACAAGGUCUACGAGAUUGCUGUCGCUCCAUCCGCAUCGGCAAGAUUCUGGUGGAGAGUGACACAGACACACAUGAGGCACAUGUAGUCUAUGCCAAGUUCCCCGAGGACAUUGCUCGGAGACAGGUGCUGCUUAUGUACCCAAUCAUGUCCACAGGAAAUACAGUUAAACAGGCAGUAAAUGUGCUGACACAGCAUGGAGUGAAGGAGGAGCGCAUCAUAUUGUCCAACUUGUUCUGCACACCCGCUGCCGUGCAGGCUGUGGUAGACUACGUUCCCAAGAUGAAAAUACUCACCUCUGAGCUCCACCCAGUAGCGCCUAACCACUUUGGACAGAAGUACUUUGGGACCGACUGAGAGUUCCUAGGACCAAUUGAUAUUUUUACAUAUGUAAUUUGAUGUAUAUUAACCAUAACUAUGCCCCUACAUUUGACUUUAUUUUAUCCUAACUCUUAACUCUUUUAAAAAAUUCGGUUAAUAACAAACAUAGGAGCAUAGCUAUGGUUGUAAUAUGACAAAUUGUAUCAAAAUAUUUUUAAUAAUUUUAAUAUCCAGAGCUGAGGACUAUGCUUAUAUGAAGAGGCAAUCACCUCGCAUGGGUCCUCUACUUUCGUCUUAAGAGACAACAACAACAACAGAAGGUUCACUAUCUAACAAUCCUAAUGUUGGAAAGCAACAUGAGUGAUCUUCCCCUCAUGGUGAAGAAAACUUGGGAGUCAAUACGCUUUUUAUUUUUUUUUACCAAUUUGCUUGUUAGAACAUCUGCAGCUUCAAUAUUUUGAUGAACUAAUUGGAAGUUUGUUGAAAAUAACUACACUAACACGAUUUAAUUGUUGUUCAUGCGAAUUGCGUGGAAAAGAUAAGUUUGUGAUAAACUACUUUAAUAUAAGUUUAAAAGAGUAUUUGACCGAAAAUACAUGAUAUUCAAUCUCAUAACAUUAUUUAUUAGAAAUAUAAGCUAAAAACACUGAACUAUUGUUAAUUAUAGGCUAGACACAAGUAAUUGUCUAUAGAGUGUGAAUGUGCUACCAGUGAAAUAUGCAACAUGUAUUGCCUUGUUUCAGUUGCAUUCCAGAUCUUUUUAUCUGGUCCGGACGUUUAUAAAUUGUAUUAUACUAAAUUGUAGUUACUAGGUUAAAAUGAGAAUAAAUUUGUUUAUUUAUAAAUAUA